GCUUUUCCAGCGCAUGUGCAUCUUGGGCAUUGUGAAAAUCGGCCUUUCCGUCUUUUGUGCUCGAGUGCUUUCUGUGACAAUUUUUUGGGGUUAACAGCAAAUAACGGUUAAUUGCUACUUUAACAAGCGGCAUACAAAAUCCAGUCUCUUUAAAAAUUGCUUAAGAAAGCCUUUUAAUUCUUUAUUUGAUCAUUUUGUGUUAAAUCGAAGCGAGAAACCGAAAAAAUGGGCAAGGAAAAGACUCAUAUUAAUAUUGUAGUCAUUGGCCAUGUCGAUUCGGGUAAAUCGACCACUACCGGUCAUUUGAUUUACAAGUGUGGCGGCAUCGACAAGCGUACAAUUGAGAAAUUCGAAAAGGAAGCCCAAGAAAUGGGCAAGGGUUCCUUUAAGUACGCCUGGGUCUUGGACAAGCUCAAGGCCGAACGUGAACGUGGUAUUACCAUUGAUAUUGCGCUGUGGAAAUUCGAAACUGCUAAAUACUAUGUAACUAUUAUUGAUGCUCCCGGACAUCGUGAUUUCAUUAAGAACAUGAUUACCGGCACCUCGCAGGCGGAUUGUGCUGUAUUGAUUGUGGCCGCCGGUACCGGUGAAUUUGAAGCCGGCAUCUCAAAGAACGGUCAGACACGUGAGCAUGCCCUUUUGGCGUUUACCUUGGGUGUGAAACAAUUGAUUGUCGGUGUUAAUAAGAUGGAUUCCACCGAACCACCCUACAGUGAUGCUCGCUAUGAGGAAAUUAAGAAGGAGGUGUCAUCGUACAUCAAGAAAAUUGGCUACAAUCCCGCCGGUGUUGCAUUUGUGCCCAUUUCCGGCUGGCACGGUGAUAAUAUGUUGGAAUCAUCCGACAAAAUGCCCUGGUUCAAGGGAUGGACUGUUGAACGUAAGGAUGCUAAAGUUGAAGGCAAGACUUUAAUUGAUGCUUUGGAUGCCAUUAUGCCACCAUCACGUCCCACCGACAAGCCAUUGCGUUUGCCAUUGCAGGAUGUCUAUAAAAUUGGCGGUAUUGGUACUGUACCCGUUGGUCGUGUCGAAACUGGUAUCUUGAAACCAGGUAUGGUGGUAAACUUUGCUCCUGUCAACUUGGUAACUGAAGUCAAGUCUGUUGAAAUGCAUCACGAGGCAUUGUCGGAAGCUUUGCCCGGUGAUAAUGUUGGCUUUAACGUUAAAAACGUUUCGGUUAAGGAAUUGCGUCGUGGAUAUGUUGCCGGUGAUACCAAGAAUUGUCCACCUAAGGGUGCUGCUGAUUUUACCGCUCAGGUAAUUGUCCUUAAUCAUCCUGGACAAAUUGCUAAUGGCUAUACGCCUGUAUUGGAUUGCCACACUGCUCAUAUUGCAUGCAAAUUUGCCGAAAUCAAGGAAAAAUGUGAUCGUCGUACCGGCAAGACUACGGAAACUGAUCCCAAAGCUAUUAAAUCGGGUGAUGCCGCCAUUAUUAUGCUGGUGCCCACAAAACCGUUGUGUGUUGAAAGUUUCCAAGAAUUUCCACCACUGGGACGUUUUGCCGUACGUGAUAUGAGACAAACUGUUGCUGUGGGUGUCAUCAAGUCGGUAAACUUUAAAGAGACGACUUCGGGUAAAGUCACAAAAGCCGCUGAGAAGGCCCAAAAGAAGAAAUAACUAGGGAGCAGCCAGAAGAAAAUGCAAAUACAACAAAUUGAAUGCCAACAAGAAGAAGAAGAAGAGCAACAGCAGCAACAGUUGCCAGAAGAACAGCAAUCAAAGAAAUUGUUGGCACAUAAAAAUUCAUUUAUUAAGCAUAAAUAUAAAAGUAAUAAUAGUAAUAUACUAAAAAUUAUUAUCACAAUUAGAAAUUAUAAUAAUAAUAACAAUAAUAAUAAUAUUCAUGAACAUGAUACUCUAAUACAACAACAACCACAAAAACAACAACAGCAACAUGAAGAAAACUCACAAAAAACUAUUGAUGUAAAACCAAAGAAUAAUAAAAACAACUCCUUCAGCACACCAUUAAAUACCAUACAUGAACAUCCAUUUAGAAGCAUAGAAAAGACAUCUUUAUCACUCUCAUCUUCUAUUCCUCCUCUAACAUUUAACACUAACAUUAACAACAACAAUCAACAUUUUUUAUCGUCAUUGUCGUCGUCGUCGUUAUCAUUCCUUAAGCCUUGUCCCAACACCAAGACAUUAUUACCAUUUUCAUCAACAUCAUCAGCUACAACAACAACAUUAUUGUCGUCAUUCUCAUCCAACAUCAACAACAUCAUGGUUAAACGUGAAAAAUUUACAAAUUUGGAAAGCAUUUUAAUACAAUUUUUUAUGGAUUUUUUCCUAAUUUACUAUAAUUAUUUGUAUCAAAAUUUACACAGACAUCGUAAAUCAUUUCGCAGGAAAUCUUCAUCAUCAUUACCAUUAACAUCAUCUACAACAACAGCAUCUCCAUCAACUACAUUCUUAAACAACAAGGACGUUAUGCCAAUAUUGCAUUCGAAUAAUUGUAAUGCUCCCCUUAACAUGUUAUAAUUAUGACAUCCUCCUAAUUGUCACCAUUGUCGCCAUAACCAUCAUUUCAUAAAUCAUCAUUAUUACUCAUUUGAAAUACUACUCUUGUCAUAGCAUUUGGCUCUCUUGUUCUAACUGUAACAAUUGACAGAUAUUUUUUAUUCAGAUUUUGAAAUGUACCAAUUUGAAUGAUUAUUUAUCUUAGAUAUUCGAUCUGUAAUUUUCAAGUUUGUCAUUAUGGGAGAAGUUUGAAUUCAUUGCUAAUAAUUGGAUUGACAAAGUCACUUAAUAGUUCUCAUGGAUUUUGUAAUAGACUUUAGAAAAUGUUACUACUAUUUUAAAUCCAAAACUAUUCAUGUCACCUGUCAAUUACGAUAUUCUUUAGAUUAAAAACUUUAUAAUCACCCUUAUCGUGGUUGGCUUAAACGUCUUACGCCUACGACUGUUUCGUACUAGAUUAAAGAUAAAAUGAAAACUGUUUCUUUAAUCUAGUACGAAACUGUCGUAGGCGUAUGACAUUUACGCCAACCACGAUAAGGGUGAAUAUUUUAAGAGUUUUAUAAUAAAUAAAUGACAUGAAGACUUUUCGGUCGUGUUUAUUCAACAACUUUACUCCCUGUCUAUACUUGACAAAUAUUUAUCAUAACAAUGAAUGCGUUUGUCAUUUGUUUGCCAAGACAAAGUUGCACCAACAAAGCAAUACUAUUAAUAAUUGGAGAUUAUACCUUAGACACUUAUCAUGACAAAAAUCGACCAUUUGCUCUGCCCGAGUUCCCAUCAUAAUAUUUACUAUCGGCAUCAUUAAAUUGUUUAUUUCUUUUUUACAAUAAAUUGAUUUCAAAAAUCAAUUAAAUGAUUUGUUAAAUUCGUUUUAUUAUGUAUUUAUAAGUUUUUUUUCUAAUAUUAUUAUUAUUAUCUGUAGUUUUAAUUGAGAUUUGAUCUAAAAACUAAAUGUUUCUUAAAGAAAAUUUCCCAUUUACGCAAGGAAAUAAAAUUAAAUGUGUGCAUUUUCCCUGUGGUUGAUUUAAAGAAAUCGAAAAAACAAAAAAAAAAAAUAUUAAUAAAUACAAAUAAAAACAUAAAUCCUUCCAAUAAUUUUGGUUACUAUCAAUCUACUAAUUUAUGUCAAACAUAAAAUAUCACAAAUACUUUUAAUUUGCCUCCACACAUCAUACCAAAACACCACCAUACAGACAACAUAUAAAUAUAACUUACUUUCCAACGCCCUGCAUUAACAUCAACCGAAACAACAACAUACCACAUUCUAGAUUCUAGAAUCUAGAUAUAUAAGAUUCUAUAUCUUUUUACACCACACCACACCCACACACACCUACUCUCAUAAGGAAGUGUGCUCUGUUUGAUUUGAUCAAUUUUAAAAGGAAGAAUAAUGUUGGCAAAACGUUAAAACAUAAAUCAAUGAAAAACAAUUAUAAUAAUAACAAGUUUUGUAGGCUUAAAACUUAAACGUAUGAUGAGAUUGACUUGAAAUGAUAAGAUACAUAUUAAAUAAUAAAAUACAUAAAAAAUAUUGUACUCUAACUGUAUGUGCUUCAUUCUCUUAAUAAAAAAAUAAAAUAAUAAUUAAAAAAUAAAAAAAGAAUACCGAAAAAAAACGUAAAAAAUAACUAAUUGUAAAACCCCAUCACAUUUUUAAUGGUACGUGUAUUAUGCAAAAGCAAACAAUUUAUUGGAUUUCAACUGAGAAAGUGAAAUAAAGGAAACCAAAAGGCUUAAAAUAUAAUAAAAAUACUUAAAAAGAA